GAGGAAGGCGGGGCUUAGAUAACUUCCGGGUUACAAUCAACUUGCCGGCGCCUAGGCGUCCUUUAGGAAACACCGUGUGCCAAAAUGCUGCGCGUGGUAAGCUGGAACAUCAAUGGGAUCCGGAGUCCCCUGCAAGGGGUGGGAUGCCAGGAACCCAGCAAGUGUUCUACUGCCUUGCGACGCAUUUUGGACCAGCUAGAUGCCGAUAUUGUCUGUCUCCAGGAAACCAAAGUAACCAGAGAUGUACUGACAGAGCCCCUGGCUAUUGUUGAAGGUUAUAACUCCUAUUUCAGCUUCAGCCGCAGCCGUAGUGGCUAUUCUGGUGUGGCCACCUUCUGUACAGACAGUGCUACCCCAAUAGCUGCUGAAGAAGGCCUAAGUGGCCUAUUUGCCACCCAGAAUGGGGAUGUUGGUUGCUAUGGAAACAUGGAUGAGUUCACCCAAGAGGAACUCCGGACUCUGGAUAGUGAGGGCCGGGCUCUCCUUACACAGCACAGGAUCUGCACACAGGAAGGGAAGGAGAAGACCUUGACCCUAAUCAAUGUGUACUGCCCCCAUGCGGAUCCUGGGAAGCCUGAGCGGCUGACCUUUAAGAUGCGUUUCUAUCGCCUGCUGCAAAUUCGAGCAGAAGCCCUCCUGGAGGCUGGCAGCCACGUGAUAAUUCUGGGAGACCUGAAUACAGCCCACCGUCCCAUUGACCACUGUGAUGCAAGUAGUCUGGAGUGCUUUGAAGAGGACCCAGGCCGUAAGUGGAUGGAUGGCUUGCUCAGUAACCUUUGGUGCCAGGCUGGAUCCUUCAUCGAUAGCUACCGCUAUUUCCAGCCAAAACAGGAGAAGUCUUUUACCUGCUGGUCGGUGGUUAGUGGUGCACGCCAUCUCAACUACGGCUCCCGGCUUGACUAUAUACUGGGGGAUAGGACUCUGGUCAUAGACACCUUCCAGGCCUCCUUCUUGCUCCCUGAAGUGAUGGGCUCUGACCACUGCCCUGUGGGAGCCAUCUUGAAUGUGUCCUGUAUGCCAGCAAAACAGUGCCCAGCCCUGUGCACACGCUUCCUCCCUGAGUUUGCAGGUACCCAGCUCAAGAUUCUUCGCUUCUUAGUUCCUUGUAAACAAGAACCUGUGCUGGGGCAGCCAGCCCUGCAGCCCAACAACCGAACUCAGGUACAGAAACAGCAAAAGAAAGGCCCCGUGAGUUCAGCCAGGCCUCGGAAAAGUCAAGCUGGCUCCAGAAGUCAGAAAAACCUCAUGAGCUACUUCCAGUCUUCUUUUAGCCUUCCCCAAACUUCUCCUGUUGUGGAACUACCUAGCCUGCCUCCGGUGGGCACUUUCAUAACCCCAAAGACUGCAGAAGAGGAUACGAUGGCCACGAUAGUGGAAGAGCAGGCCAAGGUUUUCGAGACCAAAGAUAAGAAGGAGGUACAGACCUUGUUCUGGAAGUCUAUGCUGAGUGGACCCUCACCCAUGCCCCUUUGCAGAGGCCACAGGGAGCCAUGUGUAAUGCGUACUGUAAAGAAACCAGGACCCAACCUGGGCCGCCGCUUCUACAUAUGUGCUAGGCCACGAGGUCCUCCCAGUGACCUCUCCGCCCGCUGUAGCUUCUUCCUCUGGAGUAGGCCUAGCUGAAAUGGCUGAGGCCUAGGGAUACCUAGCAUGGUCACCCCGACACAGUCUGAUGCCAGUCCCUCCUCCUAAGCUGCCUUCUCCUAGGCUUCCCUCCUUCUUUCUUCCUCUUCUCCCUGUUCCUGCCUUUCUUUCCCUUCUUCCCCUAAGGCUUUCCUCCCUCUUCUCUCACCUCGCUUUCUUUCUCUUUGUACAUACAAGAACCAGUUUCCCAUGUAUUUUUACAUAAAUAAAGUCUGUGUCUUUGUUUCAGUGUA